AGAUUCUGGCUGGUUUCGUCAUUACUGUGCGCCGAAACGGUCUCCAGGUAGCGGUGGAAAGAUGGCGGAUACUUUGAAUGUUGGGAUAAAUCUGGAUGCAUUCGCUCAUGCCAUUAACGCUAUCCAGCAGCUUCGGUCCAGUGUUACCCGAGUUUUUGACACGCUCAAGGAUGGAAUGAAAAAUAAAGAGAGUUUGGAGGGCCGGGAAAAGGUCUUCAUCAGCGACUUUCAGGAGAAUCUUCAUGCUGUCAACAGGGACUUGAAUGAGUUGGAACGUCUGAGUAAUCUGGUGGGGCGGCCAUCAGAGAGCCACCCACUCCAUAACAGUGGUUUAUUGAGCCUUGAUCCAGUGCAGGACAAAACCCCCUUGUAUAGUCAGCUUUUGCAGGCAUACAAAUGGUCCAAUAAGCUUCAGUACCAUGCCGGUCUAGCUUCCAGUCUGUUAAACCAACAGUCACUGAAACGUUCGGCGAUGCAAAUGGGUGUAUCUGCAAAACGCCGGCCGAAGGUUCAGCCUACCACACUCGCUCUGCCACCUCAAUACGUGGAUGAUGUUAUCGCACGGAUUGACAGAAUGUUUCCUGAUAUGUCCAUUCACUUGUCCAGACCAAAUGGUUCCUCAGCAGUUCUGCUGGUCACACUUGGAAAGGUAUUAAAAGCAAUAGUUGUGAUGAGGAGUUUAUUCAUUGAUCGAACAAUUGUUAAAGCAUAUAAUGAAAAUGUCUACACAGAAGAUGGGAAGCUGGACAUUUGGUCUAAGUCCAAUUACCAAGUCUUUCAAAAGGUGACUGACCAUGCUACUACAGCAUUGCUGCAUUACCAGCUGCCUCAAAUGCCAGAUGUGGUUGUCAGGUCUUUCAUGACAUGGUUGCGAAGUUACAUUAAAUUAUUCCAGGCAACAUGUCAGCGCUGUGGAAAGUUUCUUCAGGAUGGACUGCCUCCCACGUGGAGAGAUUUCCGAACGCUCGAGGCCUUUCAUGAUACUUGCAGACAGUAAUGCUUAACUCGCUGUCUAGAAACUGAGAAUCGCAUUUGGAUAGAGUGAUGUGUACAACAAAGUGCACAGGACUUUGGGUAAAUGUGCCUAGCUUAAGGAUUUUAACGAUUUCCAGCAGAGAUGAAGUUCUUCCAAAUUCUUUGUUUUCAAGCAGAAUUAUUUUUAGCCAAGUAACUCGGAGAUAAAAAUAAUAGUGCCUUCAGUCUGAUAAGUCUGUCGCUGACGUGUUUUUUUUUUUAAGGGAAAAAUAAAUUGAAAAACACAGUUUCAUGUGUGAGUUAUAAUUUUAUAUUUAGAAUGCAUUUUCUGUUUGCUAUCCUCCAAAAUUAUUAUUUGUGUUUUUGGAACAAGGCAUCUCAUUAGUAUCAUCCAUGGCUGUCUUAGUGCAGGUUCUGAUCAAAUUAAUCAUUCAUUCAGCUGUCCCAUUCAAACAUCCAGUCAUUGUGUGCUUUAUAGCAACCAUGUUCCUAAGGAUUAUGUCUUGUCUUUUAUUUAGCUUGUUUCUUGUUCUGUUCUUUACCUCGCUAUAAAUUUUUACGGUAUUUUCAUCCCACUGACUGAACUAGUCAAUAAAAUGACCAAAGACA